AUGACUCAAUAAAGGCACAAAGCAGGCGCUUUUACAGCCGAACCAGAACUAGAACGGCAGAACCCCCACAAUCAAACAGAGUUUCCAUGUUUUAUUUCUUUGCUUCUCCCCUCGUUUAGACCGCAAUCGGAAUCCAUUCCACAUGUCUAAACUUCGAAAACCAUAGUUAUCAUCUUCUUUACAAGCUCCAACUAUCAGCUACAUUUAGAAGAAGCAAUGAAGAACGUUUCGAGGAACAAGUUUUUGCUCUGUUUUAGACCCGUUGUUGAUAUGGACGUGAUGCUUGAGUCCAAAGCAGUUGUGGUUGAUCGUUCCCAAAAUCAGGCCUCAACAUAUGUUGGCGUUAAAAACAAGGAGGAUAUUAAGCCUUCAAUGACUAAGUCUUCAGUUUCUGAUACAGAAAAUUCGAUCGUGAUUCUUCGUCCUGGAAAGAAAACAUUUUCCCAAGUGAUCAAAGCUGUUGUCUUCGAGAUCAUAUUGGUUAAGAGGGUUCUAGAUAGGAAAGUUAUUCAUCAGGGGUCAUAUUCAUCAAAGCACAGUUUCCCAUUAAGCAGCCGUGAUAAGUUGUUGGAUGCAAGUCUAGGUAAAUCAGUAAACAAGGUUUUGGCCGGCAAAGAAAUUCGAGAUACUAUUUCCAAGUCCAACUCAGUGUCAUCAGUAUCAUCUUGUUCUUCAUCGUCAUCAUCGUCUUCCCCAAAUUCAACGCAAAACCAAAAGAGGCAAAAGCUGCAAAACAAGAAUACUUACAGCAACCAUCGAGAAAGUGAAAUGAACCCUAAACAUGAACAAAUAGAGAGGGGUUCAAGUUCAAACAGUGCCAUUUUUUUGCUUCUCGCUAGUCUAGCAGUGACAAUCUUCUGGGGCAAAAUUUGUGCGAUAUUCUUCACAUCAAUGUGGCUUUACUUUCUCCCUCAUCAACAACCUGCCGAUGUUAUUGGAAAUCUGGAAAACAUGAAAAGAAUCCCGGAAGCGAAGUCAAGAGAUUACAAAAAAAGUGUCAUAAUGGAAGGGCUGCUCGAAAGGAAUCACAACAGAGGGACAUUAAAUUUUUGACAUGAAAAUUUUAUUUUUCGUGUCUGAUCCCAUAGUCUUUCUGUGAAUUUAUUGCAUUAUUUCUGGGCUGCAACUUUUAGGAGUGCAUAAAAGUUCAGUCAGACAAAAAGCACGCAUCAGUUUCUUGUGCAGUAAUCUCUUUUUCUUGUAUUUGGGGGAGAUUUCAGAACCUUCGUUUGUUCCUUGAAUUCUUUCAUAUCUCACUUCCCCUUUUCUUAUUCUUUUUGUCUUUUUUUCUUUUGACAAAAGAUAUUGUUACUUUGUUAGAUAAUUCAAAAGAAAACGAAAGCAAUACAAACUAAAUCACAAAAAAUAUGUUCAUUAGAUGAAAAUUCA